AUGCGUAAAGAGGAAAGGACGGGGGAGAUGGCGCGUUGCUAUGGUAAACAAAUGCUUUCUAGUAAUUUUUUCAAACGUCUGCUGCCUUCAUCAUUUCGACUUUUGCACUAUAAUGCAAACAUCAACAUCUGUGCUGCUUCAGAUAAAUUCCUCGCAUCAACUGCUCCGUAUCGCCUUGUACUCUCUUGUCUUGUCUGGCAGAUUGUAAACAUAAUUCAGCAGCCCCUUUCAGCACGGGUCUUCUUAAUUAACAAGUUAACAGAAUUCUCGCCACAGCAGGGCACGCAGACAUCUGUCUCUUACAACGAGAGCCUGAUCUUCAUUAUUGACUGGUUCAUCUCAUACUACUUAAAAUUUUAA